CUACAUAGCCCAUGGUGCUUUGCGGCGGCUCUACCUUACAAUUUACGACGUUUUUCAGCAAUCUCCGACAUGACGUACCGCGGUUUACAUCUAGUUUACAGCGAUCGAUCUUAAGCGUGGGAGUAUGUUCAACAAAAAUAUUCGGAGAAACUUUCGGCAGAGAAAAAAGAGCUCUAGUGACGAGGAGGACCAGCAGAAUAACGGCGGAGAUGGAGAGGAGAGUGAGAAAGCAGCAAUUGUGGUAAAUAAGCCGUCCAAAUCUGUUCAGGGCCGCGGCAUCUCUUGCAGCUCCAAGCGGGAAACGACGCCUCCCAAACCAGACAGCAGUGACGGAGAGAACGGGGAGCCUGUGGAAGUGACAGAAGAAAGAGAAGGGAGAAGGAAAGACAAAGAUGGGGAGAAGAAGAAAACAAACACCGUCCUCAGUUUCUCUGACGACAAACAAGCUGAGGAAUCGAUGUUUAAAGUCAAGAGGUCCUCUGAUAAAGCUGUGCUGUUCCAGGUUAGAAGGAAGGAAGCUUCACCUACCAAGACCACCCACAGCACAGCCCCAGCUGGUGGUGGUGCCCCGCCCUCUGCUUCUCCCAGGCAAGAUUAUGACAGUCACACUUCACCACAUGUUCUGCACUAUAGCAGCAAUGAAGAGAAUAAUAGUGAUGAUGAUGACAGUGAUGAAGUUUGUGCCAGGUCUUCCUCAGCUAGCUCAGCCUCAGACUCCAGCUGCUCUGCUACUAAACCAGUAAUCAUCCAUAACGCCGAACAGAUUAAGGCAGCCAGGAGGCAGCGGCGUGCCACUCGAGCCCAAAAAGAGUUUAUUUCCCUAGGAAGAGAUGGCUGUGCUGGUAGCACACCGGAUCACUACACCAGACUCACUGAAGAUGACAGAGUUGAUGAUGAUGAUGAUGAUGAACUGGAUGAUCAUGAGAGAAUAAUUGAAUUCGCCCCACGAUUGAAGAGCAUCAGAGAAAGGAUUGCUGAGAAGCUUGAAGGAAGUGAUGGUAGUCUCUCAGGGACUGAUGGGGAAGAGCAGGAACUUUGGGAGGAGACACAAAUUGGCAAGGGAGUCAAGAGACGGCCAGGAGAACAGAGCCCAUCUGGCAGUGAGUCCAGCAGCAGUAGCAGCAGGCGAGAAAGACAAAAACAAAAGAAGAGAUCAACUGUGGUCAGAAUACCAAAGACUCUUCCUUCCAUCAGUGUUUCAUUGGUCAGGAGGAGGAUCACUGGGAAACUGGACUCCCUGAAGGAGGUGCACAGAGCACGGCAGGCAGAGCUAAGGAGGAUGGAGGGCGAUGUUGAGAGUGCUAAAACCUCAGUGGAGACUCUGGAGGAAAGUUCCUCAGAGAGACAGCUAAAGUUUUACCGAGCCAUGGCCGUCUAUGUUCACAACCUGGUGGAGUGUCUACGAGAGAAGGUUGUUGAGAUCAACUCUUUGGAACUGGAGCUUCAUACUCUGCUGUCUGACCAGAUGGAGGCACUGUUGGCUCAAAGACGACAGAAGGUCAAGGAGCAGGCUGAGUGCCUGCAGCAGCUCAGCUAUACCACAGUUGAGCAGAGUGGAAGCUCAGUCGAAGGAACAGAACCUCAAGGUGGAGUAAGCACUGCUGCUGAAGCUGAGGAAGACUCUGAUAUUCCUGAAGACACACAGCCUUCAGCAGAAGAGGAAGAGCAGCUGCAGAAGAAGAAGGCUGAUAUCCUGUUGCAGUCACAGGCAGUGUUUUCUGAUGUCAAGGAAGACUUCUGCAACGUUAAAAAGGUUCUGUCUCAUUUUGAAGAGUGGAGAGGAUCUUACUCUGACUCUUACCACAAUGCCUACAUCUCUCUGUGUCUGCCCAAGCUGUUGAACCCCAUCAUCAGACAUCAGCUGCUGCCAUGGAGCCCACUAAAGGAUGUUAGUGGGGACUUUGAGAACCUCCCAUGGUUCACAGCAUUGGAGACGUUUUGUCAUGGACAUGGCCAUGAGGAGUUGGAGAACACAGACAGACAGACACUGUCUAAUGUAAUAGAGAAGACUGUCCUACCCAAAAUAACGGCCUAUGUGGAGCUGGUCUGGGAUCCCAUGUCGCACCAUCAGGCAGUCUGUCUGUCUGAUGUUUGCCACAGACUGAGGGACGACUAUUCCAUCUUUGAAGGAGAACACAGUAAAUCAGUCAAGGCAUUCAUAGAGGCUGUGGUCAGGAGACUGAGGAGCUGUGUUGAUGAAGAUGUCUUCAUCCCUCUGUACCCCAAAAGGUCUGGUUCUGUCAUAGCAGAGAGUCUGCCGCUCUCUUGGUUCAGGGAUUCUUUGCCUCAGCUCCAGCAUUUCAGAAACCACCUAGUUGAGAAAAUUCAUACCAUCUGCAAACAACAGCCUCCUGAAGAUCCAAAUACUAGGUCUGCUGUGGUUGAGGUGCUUCAGAUUCUGAGUAGGAUCAGGUGCUAUGACUCUAUCAUGUCUAUAACACAGAAAUAUCACUACGAGGAUGUCAUCUAUUCUUACCAGCUGCUGAAUCCAGAGACUGGAUGAGCAACAAAUUUUGUGGAUCACAUAGCAAACAUAGUACACUGUCAUUUUGAAAGCAGUUGUUACAGGCUGACGAUGAACUGGGUGGGAGAGAAUAGUUGUACUGUUGCAGUUGCCUAACUAGAAAGUUAUGUAUUGCUAUGGCACAUAGCUACUGCUAGUCAGAGCAGCCAACUAGCAAUAGUACAGGGUAAAAACACUGUAUACAUACUGUAGAUGUGUAAAGUUUAUGGCAACAGACAACUUGUGUUGUACCGUCAUUUCAGAAAGGAAAUGGUGGAAACGUCUGGGUAACAUAAUUCCCCUUCCCACAGUUUCUGUCAUGACCAUUUUGCCGUCUGUUUUGUACAUGAGAAAACUAUUUUAUUAAUGAAUAAAUAUUGCAAAUUUGUCAAA